UGGAGACCUUUUUCCUCUUUGAAACUCACCUUGAAAGAAGCUGUUAGGAUGAGCACGAUGAACAUCGCGACAUUGUGUUUUCUACUGGUCGUAACUGCUGUCACCACUCUCUCCAUCGACUCGAAUCCUGAAUACGUGAAACAGUGUUCGAGAAGCGAUCCGAAGCUAAAAACAUGCUUGAUCGAUGCGUUACACCAUUUGAGACCGUAUUUGAGUGUCGGAAUACCGGAAAUCGAGCUGCCUUCCGUCGAACCAUUUCGCAUGGACGAGCUGACUCUCUCCCUGACAGGUGGUACGAACGGUUACAAGGUUCAACUGCGUGAACUGUUCGUAAAGGGAGCGAGUAACUAUACCGUGGAAGACAUCAAACUCGGCUCACCCUUCGAAGCCAUUGUACGAAUGCCAGCCCUCGUCUUGGACGCGCAUUAUUCCAGUUCAGGAGUGUUAAUUAUCUUACCAGCCAGUGGCAAUGGAACGUUCCACGCGCGGUUCGACGAUGUCAGAGCUCUGGUCAAAGGCACCGUUUCGACGAAAGAAAGGGAUGGAAAAACGUACCUUAACGUGGAUAACCUUGACGUUGUUCUGGAAGUGAAGAAUGUGAAUAUGAGGGUCCGAAAGAUUUUUAACAACAAUCGAAUCCUUACCGAGGCAACCAACCUGUUCCUCCGCGAAAACGGACAGGAAGUUUUAAAAGUGAUGGAGCCGCAGUUGAAAAGGAAGCUGUCCGUACUCUUCGCUGGAAUCGUUAAUCAAUUGUUACGUCACGUGCCAGUCGAAGUUUUCCUACUGCCUUGAAUUUCGCAUUUUUCCUCGGAAAAAAGAAAAGAUACGAUUAAGAAAGAAAAAAAUCUAAGAAAACGACAAAUAGUCCAAAUUAGUGCGUUUCACCGAGGGUUACGAUACAGUAACGAGUAACUUGGGUUAAUAACUUCGAGUAGAACAAGAUAAACAAGGAACAGUAUUGUUACGACGUUUAGUUUAAUUCGUUUCAAUGCAACUGAUAAUAUAAGGUUGAAUUUAUUGUAGAGAAGGCAACAAAAUAUAUGUAUAUUGUAUAUAUUUAUAAAAGCGUAGGUUUGUUUUCUUAACAACUAUUUACCCUUGACCCGAUAAUAUUAUACGCAAUAAUCACUCAUGCAAUAAAAAUUACAAGAGGAGAAUCGUUCUGCAAAGUACAAUCGUUUUACAUUACAAGAUUUGCUUACAGCAUGAUGAAUACGUUUCUCUAUAAUUUACAUGUACUUUGCAUUUUAAAAAUACGUAGACGGAUGUUUACAAGAAUCUGUGCAAAUAUAUCGACUUGAACGUACCUAUGCUCUCCGCUUUUUUUUUUUUUCUAAUUAAUUUUGUGAUUACAGUAUUUUGCACCUGUAUUUGAAUUUUGAUCGUUUAAUCGACAAAUUGAAUAAAUAAAUAUUGUUUAACAUAGGUCUGUGAAGUAUUGUAAUAAUUCCAGAAUAA